ACAUAUUCAACAUCACCCGUAUGUUAGUGAUAUACGCAUCAGCCCAGAUAACAUUCCCGAGAGCAUAAGAUGAGGACAACUAUACUAUCUAUUAUCGUAGCUUUCUUGGCAAUAGGAUGCGGUACACUAUACCUGUAUGAAGUGUAUGAUCGCGACUCUCAACUUUCCCAACUCAACGCCCUCAAUUCCAAUCUGGACCUCAAUAACAGUAGUGUGCUUGUGGUAGGGGCUACCGCAGGUAUAGGCCGAGCGAUCGCGUUGAGAUUUGCUAAAGCCAAUGCAAGCGUAUCUGUGGUAGGGAGAACUGUCAGCAAAGGGACAGCAUUAGUUGAAGAGAUGCAUAACAUAACAUCUUCAAUCUCGUUCGGGUCAAAUGUUACUGCAAAUAGUUUGGAUAGUGGCAAAGACAGACACGCGUUCUAUGCGUAUGAUGUAUCUCUGUUAGCCAAUGCGCGUGCACUUGCAGAAGAGUAUAAGCAAACACAUACGUCGCUGGAUUACCUUGUUCUCAGUCCGUGUAUAGCGACUAUCCAAGGCCGUACAGAGACGACUGAGGGCAACGAUGUUAAGAUGACGUUACACUAUUACACACGCAUUGCUCUAAUUGAGGCACUAUCGGAUGUUCUCAAGACUGGCAAGGGGCGUGUACUGAGUGUGUUAAGUGGUGGUGAACACAGCCUAUAUACAGGAUACAGUUCAGAUGUUGAGCUUAAGACUGACUAUUCCAUCGCUAACGCCGCCAAUGCUGCUGGAUUUUAUACUGAUGUUGCGUUCAGCAUAUUACGGGAUAAAUAUCCUCAUUUAACACUCUUCCACAGCUCUCCAGGGUUUGUGGCCUCGGACUGGGGCACAGAAAUGCCUUCUUGGCUCCGUGUACUGAUUCGUGUGUUGCAGGCGAGCUUUGCUACUUCUACGGAAGCAUGUGCCGAGUUUAUGUGUGCACCGUUAUUUGAUGACACGAUCGCGAAAGGAUUUCAUGUGAGAGGAUCACGUGGGGAGGUUGCGCAGGAGAGCGUAGGGAUUGAGCAAGCGAGAGAUACUGUUUGGGCACAUACACUUGAUGUUUUAAAGUAGUUACCUGUGCGUGUUCAUAUAGAUAUCUCCGUAUGUUUUUUAUUUAAAUUCUCUCCUCUGGCACAAACAUGGAGUACUGGCUUUUAUGUACAGGGUUACGCAUACGAACUUUCUAGAGGUGCGAUUGAAUCUGCACAAUUGCUGCUUAUGUAUUUUCAUGGUUCUCGAUGUUGGUUUCCCAUAUACAUUCAGUUGACAAUAUACGGUACUUACACAUUUGGCCGUAUUGUAUACCAUAAAGAGUAAAGUUGAAGUUUAGUUAUAGGCCGACAGAAGACGCAUUCAUCCACACUGAUCAUAGUUUUGGACUCUUAUAUCUCUAGUGUUUUGUAUAUAUAAACAUCAUCGGUUUACUAGGUCACCAACCUAUGGUCCGUUGAAUAUGCAGCCAGAGUGUGUACCAUUUGGUAAGUCACGUCAUAUAUUGCUCGCAAGUGAACAGAAUUGCUCGCCACACAUUUGUUAUAUAAAUCAAACAUAGGGGACUGUUGAUGCCUCCAAAAUGAUUCAAUGCAACCCAUGACAUUUAUCGGCCUGAACUCCAAUAAGGAAUAUACAUUGAUAAAUAUAUAUAUAUAUAUAUAAUCAUAAUUAAUGUUCAAUUCCGGAAGACUGUGAUUAUGUACUGAUCUUACACAUUUGCGCAAGAGGCUAGGCAUCGAGUGAAUCUGGCGAAAAGAAGAUAUAGCAAUGGCAACCUGACUAUAUUUUAGCACACUUAUUAAAGCUUCCAGUACUAGAAUCAUGCAACAGGUGGGAGGAAUAGUCUCGCAUAUACACAUCUUAACUAAC